CACAGUUUGUUCACAGAAUUAAAGGAAAAUCCCCGAAACUCAAAUUUCAAAAUAAAUUUUAUUAUCAGAGUCCAGAUAAGUCACCACAUACAAUCCCGAGAAACAUUUUCCUGCGGACAUACUUGGAAAAAAUAUAGAAUAGUAACCAUAACAGAAGCAGGCAGUGAAAGAUCAGCCAGAGUGCUGAAGGGAACCAAAUACAGAGAAACAGCGAUAAAUAACAAGAGUAUGAAAUAACCGCAGCGGCUGCUGAUGGAUCUCCGUAGCUCUCACCGUCCCCCUGUGCAAUCCGACAGACUGAAGACCAAGGGGAAAGGUAAACUCGUGAUUUAGAAAAUAAGAAACAGGAGAAGGCGUGGCCAUUCGGCCCAUUGCACUAUUCUUCCCCUCACUCAGAACAUGGCUGAUCUUUGACCCCAGCGCCACUUUCCUGCAACGUUCCCAACAUCGCCGAGCCCCUAAAUAUGUCCGUUUAAUUUAGAAGUCUUGUGGAGAAAAUUCCAAAUAUUCACACACUGUGUUGGGGAAAUUUCUCCUCAUCUCAGUCCUGCUGAGGUGACCUCAGAUUUUGAGUCUGUGAUCCCUGGUUCCACUGCCCAACCAGGGGAAACAUCAUUCCUGCCCCUACCCUGUAAAUACACUGUGACACUGUGUCUGUCUCAAUCAGGAAGCUUCUCCAUGUGAACCUUGUGUUCAUGAAACUGGUGACAGUUCUUUCAGACCAGCAGCUUUGACCACAAGAACACCAGACAGUGGUCAGCACGGAAUGUACUGCAGUUACUGCAGGAGAAGGACUGGAUGGACACAGUGGAGUGGUUCCCGGAGCAGACAGUCCAGACCAUAUGGCAGAAUGCCUCAUCACCAGGUCUUACCAACUGCCGGCGAGAGGGCCCCUCCCAGUCUGGUCCUCACUGCAUGCCCGGAGAUCACUCCCACAGCACGCUGCCCCGAGAUUACUGCAGUGGAGACGAGACGGUCACUCACCUCUUUGCGGACUGUGGGCUGGCGAAAGAUUCAUGGGCCUUUGUCACAGCAGCUGCGUGACAGAAGGCUCACUGAUCCUCGGGCUGUUCCCAGGACGCGCAAGAAAACGGACAGCGAGUGCUGCUGGAAGAUCAUCAACUCGGGGAAAGACCCCCGAAACUUGUUGGCCUGCCAUCACAUCGAGAUGUCCGGAGAGCAGGUGUUACCAACCUGGGGUCCAGGGUUUCUGGUAUUGGUCUUUGGCAUAAAAAUGUUUGGGAACCUCUGUCGUACAGGAAUGCUGCAGACCGGCACAUUCCAGACUACAGGGACACCAGUGGAACUAUCGUGUCCCUCUACUGCUCGACUGGGAGAGGCCGUGUUGGCUGAGGAAGCCUCUCAAUUAUUGUACACCACCCCAGGGGGCACAUGAGCGACAACAGACAACAGAAUACCCCAUAGACAACGAAGGUAAAUUCAUUGGGUAAAGGUAUUGGCACGUUUUAUCAUUCUGAAUAUUUUAUUUAAAUCUUAUUUUGAUGCAAAAAAAAGUAUCAACAUCUGAUCUGUAUUCAGAGUGAAGGAGACCAGGCCUUCUAUUGGAAACGGGACAGACAUGGGUCAAGUCAUUAAGGUUUUCUCACGAAGGGCUGUUGAAAUCAGGACCUUGCCGAAAAAUUAACAUUUUCCACCCUGUGACGUAAAAUGUCCAGUCCUGUGCUUUUUCCUGCAACCACAGGUCGGUCAUCACCACUGAAUCUCUCUCCUCACAGCACAAUAUUUUCUCCACAUCCCCAGUUUAAUGGCAUGUAUUCACUGUUUACUUAUUCACCGUUUUACACUCCACUCUGACUCUCUUAGACCUGGAGAAAGAUACAAAAAAACGAGCUGCUGGAGGAGCUCAGCGGGUCGGGCAGCAUCUGUGGAGGGAAAUGGACAAUCGACAUUUCGGGUUGAGACAGUUCAGAUGAAGGAUCUCGAUCCGGAAAAGUCCUUCCGAUCGGAGCGAUGGGGCCUUUGGACAUUCAGCUGACGUUUUUUGUCGCUGUAGGUGUUUACGAGACGGGGUUGCUGGGCAUAUGGCCAACUCACCUACGCUUGUCGCCGGGCUUAGACAGUCCAUUAGGCGUUUCCUUACCUUUUCUCUGUUUAAUUUAUUUUUGAUCCCACACUAACAUUCAAAUAGCCAUGAACAUAUACAGCAGCAGAAUGUUCAUUCCCUGAGACUGCAGCGCGCGUAGUGGACAAUCGCGGUACUGCAGGGGUCAUUCCCCGGGUCUACAGCGCGCGUAGUGGACAAUCGCGGUACUGCAGGGGUCAUUCCCCGAGUCUGCAGCGCGCGUAGUGGACAAUCGCGGUACUGCAGGGGAUCUGCAGCUCCCGGAAGUGAAAGUAUUCUGAAUCAGGAAGUGCUGGGAGUUAACAUGGCUUCGAAAGGACCGGUCGAGAGUUUAACAGAGGAGGCGAUUUGAAAGUAUUCUGAAUCAGGAAGUGCCGGAGUUAACAUGGCUUCGAAAGGAGAGACCGAGAGUUGGACCGAGGAGGUAAUUUGUCCCGUCUGUCUGGAUUUCUUCACCGAUCCGGUUAUACUGGAGUGUGGACACAACUUCUGUCGCUCUUGUAUCACACGGUGUUGGGAAAGGGAGGAGAGAAACUCCUGCCCGGACUGUAGAGAGGUGUUUGCUGACCGCACCCUCAAGGUGAAUCGGGCCUUAGAAAAUCUGGCUGAAAAAGCUCGAAAUCUAAACCUGAAUCCGAAAGAGAAGGAAGGUAAACGUCACUGCGAGGAACAUGAGGAAGAACUGAAGCUGUUUUGUGAAACGGACAAGACACUGAUCUGUCUGAUCUGUAGAGAUGCGCAGGAACACAGAGAGCACCGCUUCUUGCCGAUUACAGAAGCUGUUAAAAUCUACAAGGAACAGCUAAAAUCUUCCUUAGACUCUCUCACAAAAAAGAAAUCAGACUUCCAGGAAAAGGAGCAGCAACAGAAAGAGAAGAUUUCCGGAGUUCGGGAACAGUCACACAGCGUUCAGUCCCACGUCACAUCCCAGUUUGCUGAACUGCGCCAGAUUAUCACUGAGAAAGAGCAGAGCUUACUCAGGGAUCUCAGGGAGGAGGAGAAGAGGAUUCUCAACCCAAUGAAGAAAAAUCUUUGGGAGAUUCAAGAGAAUAUAAGACUUAUUAAGGAGGAAAUCUCAAAGUUAAUGGAACAGAUGGAUCAAAAAGACAGUGUGAUAUUUCUCAAGGAGGAAGUUCGUCGGAACAGAAGGAUUAAUGACGAUGUCCAGGAAUUGUCAGUGACAGAUGAGACCCUGCCGGUUGAAAAAUUCGAUCACCCCUAUUUGUUGAACACAGUGCUGAGAGAAACGCUUGAUACUAUUAAUCGAGUCUCUGUCACCCUGGAUGUGGAAACGGCGAAUCCGUGUCUCGAGGUGUCUGAGGAUCGGAAGAGUGUGAGACGGACCGGGACCCGGAGGAAUCUCCCUGACACCGGGAAGAGAUUCACAAACUGGGCUUGUGUGCUGGGAUCGGAGGGAUUCACAUCGGGGAGACAUUACUGGGAGGUGGAGGUGACGGGGAAUCGGUUCUGGUGUCUGGGAGUCGCCGCAGAGUCUGUGGAGAGGAAGGGAGAGUUCAGACUGAGACCGGAGACCGGAUUCUGGGUCAUCAGGCGGGUUGAUGACGUGUUACAUCGGGAUUGUGACGUGUUCGGUCUCAUCUCCCCCGAGUCCCGUCUCGCUGCCGGUCCCAUCCCCGGGAGGGUGGGAGUUUAUCUCAGUUACGAGUCCGGGACAGUUUCAUUUUACAACGCGGAGACCAAGUCCCAUCUCCACAGCUUCACUGGGAAUAAAUUCACGGGGAAACUUUAUCCUUUCUUCCGGACCUGGGAUGUGAACCAGUGGCUGAGAAUCUGCUCCGGUUCCGCUCCGGGUCUGUAAACGGGUCGGGUCCCGGGACCGGCGUCAGGAGUAAAGUCCCUGUAAAUAUAAAUGUGCGGAGAGUGCAGCUAAAUACGUGGCUCAGGGGAUGGUGCAGGAGGGAGGGCUUCAUGUUUCUGGACAAUUGGGCUUUGUUCCCGGGAAGGUGGGGCCUGUUCCGACGGGACGGUUUGCCCCUAAACUGGGCGGGGGGGAGGGGGGAGGAAUAACAUUCUUGCGGGUAGAUUUGCCAGUGCUGCUCCGGGGAAUUUAAUCCAGAUUUGCAGAGGGAGGGGAACCAGAGUGUCAGAGCAGAUAGUGAGGUGCAGGAGGAUAAGGAACAUGAGAGGACUGCAUGUAUAAACGGAAAUGAAAAAAAAGCAGAUGAUAUACAUAUUCUCAGGUACAUCUAUUUCAAUGCACGGAGUAUUGUCGGUAAAACAGAUGAGUUCAGGGCUUGGGUUGACACGUGGGAUAACGACAUGACUGCUAUUAGUGAGGGGCAGAACUGGCAGCUUAACGUUCCGGUAAAAUUGGAGAACGGCCAAUUUUGUGGAAAUGAAAAAGGAUCUAGGAAGAGUGGAUUGGGAUAAGUUUUUUUUUCUGGCAAGGAUGUGUUCAGUAAGUUCACAGGCAUAAGAAAUUAAAUAGAGAUUGGGUUGGAAAUGUUAUAGCAAUUUCAUUUAAUUCAAAAUCGAGAGGAGUUGCAAUUUCGGUUAAUAAAUCUUUACCAAUUAAAAUACAAAAUGUAAUAAUUGAUUCUGUGGGGAGAUACGAGAUUAUACAUUGUCAAAUUUUUUCAGAAUUAUGCAAAUUUUAUGAACAUUUAUGCACCAAAUGAAAAUGAUGCAAAAUUCAUACAAGAAGAUUUUUUGAACUUGGCUGACGCAAAUGAUAAAAUAUUAAUAGGCAGAGAUUUUAAUUUUUGUUUAGAUCCAGUUUUGGAAAGGUCAACUACAGUUGUUACAAAAUUAAAAGAAAUAAAACUAACUUUAUCAUUAAUGAAAGAUUUAAACCUGAUUGAUAUAUGGAGGAAAAUUAAUCCAAGAGAAAGAGAUUAUUCAUUUUAUUCAAAUAGACAUAAAGCUUAGAUGGAGAUUUAAUACAAUUUUAUUAAAACGUCAAGAUUUUUGUGAUUUUAUGAAAAAACAGAUUCAAUUUUUUUUGGAUACAAAUUUACAUUCAGUUGAGGGUAAAAUUGUAUUAUAGGAAGCGAUGAAAGCAUAUUUAAGGGGUCAGAUUAUAAGUUAUACAUCUAAAAUUAAGAAGGAAAAUUGGGAAAAGAUAUAAAGUUAGAAAAAGAAUCUCAAAGAUAUAUGACAGAACAAAAACAAAGACAACUUGUUAAUAAAAAACUACAAUAUAAUAUCGUACAUAUCGUACAGAAAAAGUAAUUAUGAGAACUAAACAGAAAUAUUACGAAUUAGGUGAAAGAUCACAUAAAAUUCUUGCUUGGCAGUUGAAAACAGAACAGGCUUUUAAAACAAUAAAUGCAAUUAGAACAAGUGUAAAUAAGGUUGCUGAUAAACCUUUGGAAAUUCAUGAAACUUUAUUUUUUUUUUAUAUACUGAACUAUAUCAAUCAGAAUCACAAAAUAAGAUUACUGAGAUGGAUAAAUUUUUAUCACAAAUAACCCUUCCGAAAUUUAAUUUGGAAGAACAGAAAGGAUUAGAUAUGCCCUUUACAUUAAAAGAGGUUGAAGAAGCUGUAGGAUCACUUGAGAGUAACAAAUCCCCAGAAGAAGAUGGUUUUCCUCCUGAAUUUUAUAAAAAAAAUUAAAGAUAUAUUAAUUCCUCCCUCUAUGGAAUUAAUAUACCAAGUGGAAAGAAUGCAUAAACUCCCACAAUCUUUUUUAACAGCGAUCAUAACUGUAUUGCCAAAAAAAGAGAUCCUCUAAAACCAACAUCAUAUAGGCCUAUUUCUUUGUUGAAUACAGAUUAUAAGAUAAUAGCAAAAAUUUUAUCUAAUAGAAUAUCUAAAUAUUUACCAAAAUUAAUGCAUAUGGAUCAAACAGAUUUUAUUACAAUCAAUGGAUAAUCUAACCUGGUUACUUAGUAUAAUUCAUCUGGCACAAAAAAGAGAGGAAAUGAGUGUGGCAUUUGCUUUGGAUGCAGAAAAAGCAUUUGAUAGAUUGGAAUGGGAUUUUUUUGUUUAAGGUAUUGGAAAAAUAUGAGCGAGGAAAAUCUUUUAUACAAUGGAUUAAAACCUUAAAUACUAAUCCUCAAGCUGAAGUAGUUACAAAUGCUCAGAUUUCAACACCAUUUUGCUUAACGAGGUCAACUGGACAAGGCUGCCCGUUAUCACCUGCUUUAUUUGUAUUGGCAAAAGAACCAUUAGCUGAAUUAAUUAGAACAGAUUCAGAUAUUGGCGGUUUUAGAGUUAAUCAAGAAGAAUAUAAAAUUAAUUUAUUUGCUGAUGAUGUUUUGAUUUAUUUUACAAACCUAUUACAAUCUUUGCAAAGAUUAUCUUUUAAAUUGGAAGAAUACGGGAAAGUAUCAGGGUAUAAAUUAAAUUGGAAUAAAAGUGAAAUUUUACCCCUUACAAAAGGAAAUUAUAAUCAAUGUCGAUUAGUAACUCAAUUUCGAUGGUCAAUAAAUGGGAUAAAAUAUUUAGGUAUCAGAGUUGACAAUGAUGUAAAAAAUUUAUAUAAACAAAAUUAUUUGCCAUGAUUAAAAAAAAAUAAAAGAGGAUCUUGAUAAAUGGAUGAUGUUACCAAUAACAUUAAUAGGUAGAGUUAAUGCUGUAAAAAUGAAUAUAUUCCAUAGAUUGCAAUAUAUAUUCCAAACUUUACCAAUACAAUUACCGCAGAAGUUUUUUCAAGAACUAAAUAAUAUGUAAGGAAAUUUCUUUGGAAAGGAAAGAUGUCAAGAAUAUCAUUGGAAAAAUUGAGAUGUAAAUUUGAUUUAGGAGGGUUACAACUUCCAAAUUUUAACAAUUAUGAUAAAGCAAUUCAACUUAGAUUUAUUGCAUCUUUUUUUGAUGAAAAAAAAACCCGGCAUGGAUUAGAAUAAAAUUAGAUAAGAUAGGAGAAAACAUACCAGAAGAUUUUACAUAUAAAUGGGAAUCCAAAUUGAUACGGGAAAAAAAAAGAAUCUCCUAUAUUAAGACACUUGAAUGAUUUAUGGAAUAAGGUAAAUAUGGACGAUAAGAUAAAGAAAUCUUUAUUAGCAAAAAUAAACUUUAAUUCAAAAUAGGCUUAUUCCUUUUACAAUGGAUAAUAAACUUUUACAUAAUUGGUUCCAAAAGGGGAUUAAAUAUAUAUGUAAUUGUAUUGAUGUCGUUUGAGCAAUGAAAAAAUAAAUAUAAAAUAUCAAACAACACUCUUUUCUCUUAUUUUCAAUUAAAGGACAAUUACGAGAAAAGCUGGGUCAAACAAUGUUGAUGCCAAAACUUAGUGAAAUAGAAAUAUUAAUUCAAAAAGGAAAAAUUUAAAAAAUUACAUCUUGUAUGUACAAUUUGAUUCAAAAACAGACUGAAUCUGGAAUUCAUAAAUCAAGACAAAAAUGGGAAACUGAUUUGAAUGUUAAAAUUGUUGGAAAAAGUUGGUCAAAAUUAUGUUCUGAUAGUAUGAUAAAUACAAUAAAUGUUCAAAUUAGAUUAAUACAAUAUAAUUUUUACAUCAAUUAUAUAUAACACCACAGAAAAUAAAUAGAUUAAAUUCAAAUAUGUCUGACCAAUGCUUUCGAUGUAAUCAAGAAAUUGGUACUUUUUUACAUUCUACUUGGUCUUGUUUUAAAAUUCAACCAUUUUCGAUAUAUCUGACUUUUAUUGGAACAAAGUACUGGAGUUCAACUCCCAAAUAGUCCAAUAUUAUUUUUAUUAGGAGAUAUUGAAGGGACAAUACCGAAAAUUAAAUUGAAUAUGUAUCAGAAAAAAAUUAUAAAUAUUGAUUGGCAGUAGCUAAAAAAGUUAUCGCAAUUACUUGGAAAUCUGAGUUAUAUUUAACUAUGGAUUAUUGGAAUAAUGAAAUAUAUAGUUGUAUUCCACUUGAAAAAAUUACAUAUAAUCUAAGAAAUGAAUAUGAUAUAUUUUUCAAAAUUUGGCUCCCAUACCUACAAAAGAUAGGAUUAAAUAUAUAGGUCCUUUGAAGAUAAAAUUAUAAUGUAAUUGGGGAAAGUAAGAAUAAAUAUUAAAAUUAUUUUGAACUCCAUGGAGCAUGUGGGUAUCCUCCAAUAUCGAGGCAAUCUUUUUCUUCUUUAUUUCUUUCUUUAGAUAAGGGUUAAGGUGGGGAUGGGGAGGAGGACUAAUAUUAUUUUUCUUUUUCUUACUAAUUUUUCAUUACAUUUAUUCUUUGUAAUUUUCUAAAAAUUUAAUAAAUAAAUAAAAAGAGCAUCUCAGUAA